AUGGCGUCCAAGAAGCAGGCGGGGCCGGGAGGCGCGGUUCCCGCUCAGGAACAGAAGAACGGCGGCGAUGCGGCCAGACUCGUCAGGAAGCCAAUGGCUACAUUUCCACAGCAAGCGGCGGCAAGAGGCCGUAGGGCACUUGCCGACGUUGGCAAUCUUAUGAAUGGCCGGCCUUCUCUUGUGAACCGCCAGAAGCAAGCAGCUGCAGCAACAGAAAACGGUCGUAAAGCAGUUGACGUUGGCAGCAAGAAGCCACUGAUUCCUCAGGCAGCAGCAAGAAACCGGCGACCGCUUGCCGACGUUAGGAAUCUUAUUAUCAAUGACCGUGCUGCUCCUGCAAAUCGUCAGAAGCCACUCACUGCUGUGAACAGGAAUGGGAAAGCAGUAAUGCUGAAGGAAUGCAAGGUGAAGCCUGAAGUCAUUGUGAUCAGUCCAGAUACCGAGAAGGAGAAGAAAGCCAAAACCUCAGGGGGUCCGAGAUUCUGUAGGAGGGUACCAACACUUUUUGAUAAUUUGAGAAAAUGCAGCAGGGCUUCUGAUGGGGUUGUCAGCAGCCCGAAGAAGACAGAUCCAUAUGACAUUGAUACGCCUGAUUCUUGCAAUGAGCUGGCAGUGGUUGAAUAUGUUGAGGACAUCUACAAAUUCUACAAGAGCACUGAGGGCACCUGCCUGCCCCUCAGCAGCUACAUGAGCUCGCAGGCUGAAAUCAGCGAGAGAAUGAGAGCUAUCCUUAUUGACUGGAUUAUCGAGGUACAGUACAGGCUUAUUCUAAUGCCAGAGACACUUUACUUGACCGUCUACAUCAUCGAUCAGUACUUAUCCAUGGAGAGUGUUCCAAGAAAGGAGCUACAGCUCGUCGGCAUAAGUGCCAUGCUGAUAGCAAGCAAGUAUGAAGAGAUAUGGGCUCCACUGGUCAAGGAUUUGCUGUGCCUUUGUGACAAUGCCUUUACCAGAGACCAGGUUCUGACCAAGGAAAAAGCCAUCCUGGACAGGCUCCAUUGGAACUUGACGGUUCCAACAAUGUACAUGUUCAUUGUUCGGUAUCUGAAAGCCGCAAUGGGCGACGAAAAGCUUGAGAACAUGGCAUUCUUCUACUCUGAGCUGGCAUUGGUCCAGUACACGAUGCUGAUUUACCCUCCAUCAGAGACCGCAGCUGCUUGCGUCUAUGCUGCCAGGUGUACCCUUGGAAUGAAUCCACGGUGGACUGAUAUUCUGGAGCAUCACACUGGCUUAACUGAGCCACAGUUACUGGAUUGCGCUAGGCGGCUGAUCAGAUUCCAUGCCCUGGCUCCGGAAAGCAAGCAGAAGGCGGUGUACAAGAAGUACUCCAGCCCCAAGCUCGGGGCCGUCGCGCUUCAAUCCCCUGACAAGAAGCUGUUGCCAGUUUGA